AUGGAUGCAGCAGACGAAAAACGCCUCAGCCGGAUCACGUUUCAAGGCAACAACAACAUUAAUUAUGAUGAAGAGCACAAACAGCACCAAAAAGAGAAUAAGGAGAAAGAGAUUUUACCAGACAACAUUUAUGAAAUCCUUCGUCGAAUGCAAGAAGAAUUCAAAUGUCCCAUCUGGUGUGAUGCAUUUCAUACUCUCAACCACCUACUUUCUAAGAAUACAAUUCCCUGCCUGGAUAGUACUAAUCUUUUAUGUAUUGUAUCUUCAUUUGCUGCUAUUGGUAGUCUAGGAACAAUAGAGCAACCUAUGUCGACCGGUUGCAACCACACGUUUUGUCGUGAAUGCAUCCUGCGUGCGCUGGAUCGUAAGGAUGGAUGUCCGCUCUGUAAUACCCAUAUUACUAAAAGGAGUCUCAAUAAAGUUGAGCACCUGGAGCGUCUGAUUGAGAGUUUCAUGCAGCUCAAGGCCGCCUUUGAACAUGAGGAUGGAUUCUGUAAUUUUGACAUACUUUUUUCGUUGAACGGAUUUGCCACCAAAAAUUAA